AUGAACGGUACAUACAAUACCAUCAGAGGCCCGAAGAAGUUUUGGCUACUUAGAGUUCUACACGCUCUUGGGGCUACUGCCGCUAUUAGCAAUAGCACUUUGACCAUCUACCAAAGUUCGGACUUGGUCAACACCACUGCAUCUGCUGGUUGUCAGCAAGCGCUCACCUCCAAUGUGACCUGCUUUCGCAGUUUGCCCGCCGCGAUCACCAGGGUGACCUCGUGGUCGUCGGAUGCGCUGUCUAUGAUCUGCGACGAGUCUUGCACAACCUCGCUGAACAACUGGAUAUCAUCUGUUAAUAGCAGCUGUGGCGCUACAGCUCAGUAUAAUAUCACUGGCACGGUGCAAACGGCAAGCUCGGCAGGACAGGAGCUGCUCUGGAAACAGUCCGCGACAUAUGUCGAAGACCCCUCGGGCAAUUUCUGUAAUCUGGUGAUUCAGAGCGCCGUAUCUAAUGGUGACCCGACCGUGCUCUGCAGCGCUUGUCUCUUGGACUAUUUGACGACAGUUGUUAACUCUCUAUGGGGACAGGAGGUUAUGGACCCGGUUGCUGUGGAGAGUCGGAUUCAGAGCUGCUCAGCGACGGCUUCAUACUCGGUCACGUACACAGCCACGACAACCUUAACUUCAGGAACCGCACCAUCAUCGCCCACUUCCAAUAUUCGAUGCAACACGACUGACCCAGAGAUAACCACAUACACAGUAACGGGCAAUAAGACAUGCAUCAACAUCUCCGCUGCGAAGAAUGUGUCCACUCUAGCGUUGGCGGCAUUGAACGGGUUAGAUAGUGCGUUGGGAAGCAUUCAAUUAUAUCUAGGCUACAAUAGCAGUACAAGUUCCUACACUACCCUGGCUUCAACCAUCAACCCCAACGCAACUUUGACAGCAAACCGUACCACUACCCACUUCUUUUACUCGUUUCCUCCUCCGACAACCACUAUAUCGGCCUAUAAUAACACGGCCUGGGCUCUCAGUCAGAACUACACUCUUUGUGUACAGGCAAUGGCGUAUUACAACAUCACGGCGGAGACCGAGUGGACAGACAACAUAUACGACGAUACUGCUUGGUUCUCUGAGUACCAGCGUGUCUUCUACGGGGGCAACCGCUACCCUCAGCUCAACCGCUCCGUCAACAUCUUCGGCAACUUCUACUCCGACUGGUGGAAUCUCGCCGAAUGGCCUCUGCGGCUCGGCGAACAACGGAUGGACCUGUGCGGGGUCGACGUUUGGUACCUGCUGUAG